UGACUGCAGCAAGGCACAGUCGCGUCAGGAUGCGUGCGGGUCAGAGGCAAGCACGAAGUUGUUAAAGACAAAUAAAAAAGGAAGAAUGCAGAGUUUGUGGGGCGAGUUGGGCGACAUAAUUGAAAGAAAAUAGUUAAAUACAAGAAUGAGAAAGAAAAGUAAAGUACCUGUAUGCGUUCAAUUACUAUAACGAUGAUGGAGACCAUUACUGCGUAGGGUAUAUUUUAGGUUUUGUGCGCGCUGGGAAAUUCAUUCCUUUGGAAAGGCGAAUGAUGUCUGAUGGGCGAAUAUACACCUGGAUUUCUCUGGAUUACAAACCAACAGAAAGGGGUUUCCUCGGGAGAGGGCGUAUGUGUAUGAGGGAGACUAAUAAAAGUAAAGAGAAAAGUUAGUUAGGAGACUGUUAUUAAAUUGAUUAUGAAAAGUUUUGAACAUAUUUUUACGCGCAGGAACCUUGGGAAAUAGUCACAUGUGAAUCCGUCAUUAAUCUGUUAUUAUUCGAAGUGCUUCCUAAACCAAUCAGAGAGAAACAGAAACAUGCAUCGGGGUAAAACUCUUCUGUUUAUCCUACUCUUAAACUGCGCCACCACGAGUCUAUCUUUCUCAACAUGCGCUACCGUAGAUAUAGACCAUGUGAAGCGGAAAAGGGUCGAGGCGAUACGGGGACAGAUACUGAGUAAGCUCCGGACGACGAGCCCGCCACACUCACUGGGACCCAGUCAGGUCCCCUACCAGAUCCAGGCCUUGUAUAACAGUACCCGAGAGCUGCUUGAGGAGUUGGGGAGAAACCGGCAGCAAAGUUGUGGCCAAGACAACACGGAGACCGAAUAUUAUGCCAAAGAGAUAUACAAGUUCAACAUGGUCCAAGGACCGCCUGACAACAAUGACCUUCCAUACUGUCCUAAAGGAAUCACUUCCAAAGUGUUCCGUUUCAACAUCUCAGUGAUGGAGAGGAAUUCCACCAACCUGUUCCGAGCCGAGUUCCGAGCUCUGAGGGUUCCAAACCCUGCUGCCAAUAGGAAUGAACAGAGGGUCGAGCUCUACCAGAUCCUGAGGCCAGACGAGCACAUAGCUAAACAACGCUACAUUGGAGCCAAGAAUGUGCUGACCAAGGGAACGCCCGAAUGGGUCUCCUUCGAUGUGACAGAGACGGUACGGGAGUGGCUGAUAUACAGAGAGACUAACCUGGGUCUGGAGAUCAGCGUACACUGCCCAUGCCACACCUUCAACCCCAACGGUGACAUCAUCGACAAUGUGAACGAGGUGCUGGAGGUCAAGUUCAAAGGGGUAGAAGGGGAGUAUGAAGAGCAGGGUCGUUGGGACCUGGGCAGGUUGAAGAAACAGAAGGAGCAGUAUCUGCCUCACCUCAUCCUCAUGAUGAUCCCUCCUCACCGCCUCGACUCACAGCCACGUAGACGCAAACGAGCCCUGGACACCAACUACUGCUUCUCCACUGUUGAGGAGAACUGCUGUGUCCGUCGUCUCUACAUUGACUUCCGUCGAGACCUGGACUGGAAGUGGAUCCACGAGCCUAAAGGAUACUUCGCUAACUACUGCUCUGGACCCUGUCCCUACCUGAGGAGCUCCGAUACCACGCACGCACAGCUGCUGAGCUUGUAUAACACUCUGAACCCAGAGGGCUCAGCCUCUCCCUGCUGCGUUCCCCAGGACCUGGAGCCUCUUACCAUCCUCUACUACUCUGGACGUACCCCUAAAGUAGAGCAGCUAUCCAACAUGAUCGUCAAGUCCUGCAUGUGCAGCUGAGGAGUUUCGGGAGUAGGCCCGAAGCCAGGGAGUAGGGUGGGGCUGUCCCACGGAAGGUGACCUGUAUUGGGGCACUAGAGCCAGUCAGCCUGCCUAGCUGUGGAAGACUACCACCAUCCAUGUUAUUUUGUAUUCGGACUAUGUUGCCUGCCACGUGGCCUGAAGGACCCUAUCCUUGUGUGAGGAGGACAUAGUAUGUUAGAAUUUGGGAUUCUAACUUCUAAUCUUCAUCGUUUUUUAAAAAUGUAUUCCGGGUUAGUUUUUUUUUGAGACAGAGAGACGCUAAAUAGUUUCAUUUUGACAUUUUAAAAAACUGGGUUUCCUUCACCUUCCUACAAACAGUGGGCAUUAUUCAUAACACAAAAAAAAGGAGAAAGGACAGACUAGCUGCCGUAUCCAAAAACAUAGCUGCAGUCAGGCAGAGGGGAAGGAGAAAGGACAAACUAUGAGACGAGAGAGAGAGAGAGAGAGAAAGAGAGAGAGACAGAGAGGAGAGAGGAGAGAAUGCCUGCAGGAUUUGCAAUGGAAAGUAAAGUGAGCAGAAGAGAUAGAAGCCAAGAUUUUUUUAUUUUAUUUUGUCCGACCAAAAAGCAGCGACCAUUAUUAUUUUUUUUGUCGUCUUUCGAAUGCAAACGGAGUGGAGGCAGGAAGGACCUUUACAGAUGGAGGAGGAUAUUAUUCUGUGGCUACUAGCCAACUAGCACUCAUCCAAAAACCCACCACGACUCCCUUUGAAGACUUUCUUGACAUGUUUGAAUUUUCAAAAAACAAUCGGACCCAAACACAAUGUGCUGGAAAAUAAUAUUGAUCUGUAAAACUCCUUAUGUACGAUUUUAUUUUUUUCCUUCUUCUUGAAAUUGACAGAUGUUCUCUGUUAUGCAGCGUGUUGUCAUAUGGUGAUUGAUUUAUUGUUGAUGUAUCUGUCUAUUACCAUUAGAAUCCCUUUUAUAUUAAACUGUUAAACUCGUCACAUGCUUCUACUGAUGAUUUAGAGGACACACUAUGUAGUCAUGCUGGAACGUCUUUAAACCAGUUGUUGUGCUUUUUGAGAAGAUGAAACGUGAAAUUCGGUCAUCAUAACUGGCACAGUCGAAACAUCUUCUGUUUUGCUGCUCUUCACAAAUGCAAAGCCAAAAGCAGUGCAUUCGAGUCCAUAUACCUUGUACCAAGGCCACAACAAACAAAAGAAAUCAGAGGGCCGCGUUUAAAGUGCCUAGAGGUCACCACCCACAAUGCAUCAGUCACGUUACUACUUAGAGAUAGAUAGAGGGCUCUAGUGCCCCAAAAAUCCAAUUUUAACAUGGGAAGCACAAUUGAGGACUUUCACUGUCUAAGGCACUGCAUCUUAGUGUUAGAGGCAUCACUACAGACCUGGUUCGAUUCCAGGCUGUAUCACAACCGGCCGUGAUUGGGAGUCCCAUAGGGCGGCGUACUAUUGGCCCAGCAUCAUCUGGGUUAGGGCUUGGCCGGAGUAGGCCGUCAUUUUAAAUGAGAAUUUGUUCUUAACUAACUUGCCUAGUUAAAUAAAGGUUAAGUAAAGGUUAAAUAAAGGUUAAAUAAAUCAAAUAAAACCAUUGUGAAGUAAUCAACUGGGUGGGACUUCCUGUGCGUUAAAGAUGGUUCCAAUAAUUCCAUCCAGGUUGUCAGAAGCAAUCAGUAGUAGAAGAAGAACAAUGACUACUUUAAAAUGGAGAUUGCCUCAAUGGCGGUGCCCAUGCUCUCACAUAAUGGGACAGAUACAAUGUUGCGUCCUCUAACUAUCUCUACGAGAAGAGAGAUAGUUAGAGAGAUAACCGCUUCCUGGUAACCUCACCCUGCCCUUCUCACCCUGCCCGUCUCAAACCCAUCAUCCUUUGCUCCUACCAGCUGACAAGGGCCUUUUAUUAAAUAGAUUUGCUCACCUCCUGCGUCCUCUCUCGCCUCUUUUUGAAAAAGGUCAAAGUUCAUUGAGGAGAGUCAGCAAAGAGAGUGAACAUGGAUGGAAAUUUGUUUGAAAUGAGACUGUCCUUCUCAACUCGCGCGUGAUUUAGGUUAAUGACGUUUACAGGGGUGGGUCCCAAAAUAAAUGACGUUCACAGGGGUGGAUCACAAAAUAAAUGAGUAAAGUGAUCAAAACAGAUGACAGUGCCUUCAGAAAGUAUUCACACCCCUGCAGCCUGAAUCGAAAAUGUAUUACAUUUAGAUUUUUUUUUGUUACUGGCAUACACACAAUACCUGAUAAUGUCAAAGUGUAAUUUUUACAAAAUUAAUAAAAAAUGAAAAGCUGAAA